CCACAACUUCAAGCACUCCUGACGAAAAGUUGCAUCCGAUCUGCAGGCGCUGAUCCAGCCCCAUGCCUUCGAUUGGCAGAGGCUAACGAGACGAGAACAUUCAAGCCUGGGGCAUUGAUUGAUUUGGAAUCCCAGGUUAUUUGCCUCCACAUUUCAAGGCGACACCCUUUCUGUGUGUCGAGCGCCUUUCUUUCUCCAAGUGGUGGUGGUUUGUCAAUUGACACCGAUGGCUGUUUCUGAAGCGUUGCGCCAAGGAUCCUGCAGCAUGGCGUCAAGGACUGGCCUCACUCUGGAGAAAAGCACCUUGUUCAGUGCACAAACGUGCGGCCUCUGUGGUGCGCGCACAGCAUUGCAGUUCCCGCAGUCCCCAACUCUCCAACAUAUUUCAUUCCACGCGGUUCGCAAUGACGCGUGCCGCCAGCCUGUGGAUGAGCUCCACCAAGUUGUUAUCAAAAACAGCUCAGGAGAGACUAUUAGAUGGAGAAAGACUCCCUCGACGGUCCCCACAUUGACACAUACCCCGCACCUUGACCGGCGAAGGUUUCUGCUCGUCCCUCUCCUUCUGACUGGCGCCCUAGCUCAGGUUGAUCCAGCGAGUGCUUGGGCACCCGCCAAGAUCGAUUUCAGCGCAGCUCCCCAGGCGCAGUUUGACACUUCAGACGCCAGGUUUAGGGAGGCAGCGGACCUCUUUCAGCAGGCAUUGAGCACUGGCAGUGUCCAAUCAGAGGAGCGGCUGUGGAGCGAGAUCAUUGAACGAGUGGGAGACUCAAAAGCAGACUGGGCGCAGGACAUUCUGGCGCGCGCGUAUGGCAACCGGGGGAAUGCCAGGAGCCGGCAGGGCAAGCGGGAGGAGGCGUUGGCGGACUACGAUGUGUCCAUCCAACUAGCGCCGUACAGCGUAGAUCCCGUUCUGAACCGCGGGGUGGUGCUUGAAUCGUUAGGCCGCUACUCGGAGGCUGCAUCUGACUACCAGGCCGUCCUGGCUGCAGAACCGAAUGACCCUGCAGCCUGGAACAACCUGGGAAACGUGGCGUCUGCACAAGGGAAGUGGCAGGAGGCGCUGGACAGUUACGGGAGGGCCGUCAGGCUGGCGCCAGAGUUCUCGUUUGCUGCUGGCAACUACGCCCUGGCCCUUUACCAAGUUGGGAGAGACAACGAAGCGCUCAAGCAAUUCCGAACACUUCUACGGAAAUAUCCAGAGUUUCCAGACAUGCGGGCUGCCCUUGCGGUGUCACUGUACCAUGUCGGCCUUACCAGGGAAGCGGAGACGAAUUGGUCGCGUUUAGAGGAUUUGCGGUAUAAGGAUCGGACGUGGGUUAGAGGCACGAGGCGGUGGCCACCCCGCUUGGCGGACGAGCUCGAGGCGUUCUUGGACGUGAAGGCGACGUCCAAGUGAUUGCUGGAAGUUUUGGAGCAGAAUUUUCAGAUUUAUUUGUGGCCAGCAGGAGCUCGCGUCUUUAAGGUCAAAUCGAAUAUCGGAUUCUGGAGGAAGAGGUGUGUAUGGACCAAAAUGGAUCAUCAGUUCAUCAGUUCAUCGAUUCAUCGGUUCAUCAUCGAUUCAUAAGUUCAUUAGGUCAAAGCGGUUAGCUGCAGUUAUGAAUCAUUGCUUUGCGG